GGGCCCGGGAGGCGGAAGUAUACGGGGCUCGGGUCUUCUCUUCCAGUCCCCAGCUUGGAGUGCGCGCGAUGCGGGCGGAGGGAGAGCUGGGGUUGCAGGGGAACGUCCUCCCGGAUCCGGGCCUGGGUGCAGCUGACGGGCCGUUGUCUGUGUGUGUGCCCAGGGAGACAUGGAGUACUGUCUGGCGGCCGCGGCGCUGAACGGGGUGGACCGACGCUCAUUGCAGCGCUCGGCUCGACUAGGGAGGGAAGUGCUGGAGCGCGCCAAGAGAAGGGCAGUGGACUGGCAUUCUCCUGAGCGAUCCAGAGGCAACGUGGGGGUCCUUUACCGCCAGGGCCCCUCCCAGGAACGAUGGUCGGUCCCCGGUCCCCAGCGCCUCCUAGGAGAGAGAGAAGAGAGGCGCCCAACCCUUAGUGCUUCCUUCAGAACAAUGGCUGAAUUCAUGGACUAUACUUCCAGUCAGUGUGGGAAAUACUACUCAUCUGUGCCAGAGGAAGGAGGGGCCACCCACGUCUCCCGUUACCACAGAAGGCAGGCUCCAGAAGUGCACGUGCACUCAGACCUAGGGCACGGUCAGGAGCAGAGAAAUGGCAGAGUAGAGACAUCUAUUGGUCCAGGAAGCAGCUACCAAACAUCAGAGCAUUCUCGAGAGGCGUCCUGGCCUGCCGAGGACAUCUCUAAGGACCUCUACAUAGAGGUGUAUCCAGGGACCUAUUCUGUCACCGUGGGCUCAAGCCCCUUAACCAAGAAGACUCAUGUGGUUGUGGUUGACUCGGGGCAGAGUGUGGACUUGGUCUUCCCCGUCUGAAGCUGACCGCAGCUACCAUCACUUCACUCUUUUUUUAAGUAGCAAGAAGAAUAAAACCACCUUAUGAUUGUCUUAA